AUGCUCAGAUUUUUCCACUCAAUCAUCCUUUGAAUCUGCCUGAAAGGAGAACAUAAACAUACUAUUCCAUCUUUUACAAAUAUUACAGUACAAGUUCAUAUUUAAUCUAUUAUUCGAAUUAGUAUCAAUUCUAAUUCUUGUUGGAUAAUUAGAGAAAAAAUCCGAGCAAAAUGGCUAGUACUAUACUACAAAUCUUAAUUACUCCUAUCACUGAACUAGCAAAACUUUUGGUUGUUCCUCUGAAAAAUGAAGUUGGUUAUCUUGUGAAAUUCCGCAGAAACAUUGAAGAUCUUAGAAGUAAAACAACUGAGCUUGAGAUAACCCGGGAGACAGCAAGAUGUACCACAGAUGCAGCUCGCCGCAGAGGAGAAGCCACAACUCAAGAUAUGGAACAAUGGCUGAGAAAGACGGAGUUGAUUAUGAAUGAUGUGCAUAAACUUUUAGGUGGAUUAAGAGAGGAAGAUAAGGGAAAGUUCAAUUUCUGCAGUACAAAUUUAAGCAGUCAUUAUUCAUCAAGCAAAAGAGCAGCAAAGUUGCUCAAAGAUGUCAAUGAGCUGAAAGGUAGUUUACAACAGAUUCCAGUUUCUCAACCAGCACCACCGCCUAGCAUUGAAAUGAUGCCUAGGGGGGAUUUUGAAGCUUUUGAAUCUACUAAAGUCGCUAUGGGGAAAAUCAUUGAGGCAUUAAAGCAUGAUGAUAACCAGAUUAUUGGGGUGUAUGGAAUGGGAGGAGUGGGGAAGACCUCAUUCAUCAAAGAAGUAGCAAAGUAUGCCAAAAUCACGGGUAUGUUUGAUGAGGUUGUUAUUGCUACUGUGUCUCGGAAUCCUGUUAUGCUGAAAAUCCAGAGAGAGAUUGCAGAAGGUUUAGGCUUGCAGUUGAAAGAGGAAACUGAGCAUGUGAGAUCUUUGAGACUGGCUGAAAGGCUGAAGCAAGAAAGACGGACUUUUAUAAUUUUGGAUGAUGUGUGGGAGAGAUUGGACUUGUCCUGGGUAGGCAUUUCUUCUGGGAAGGAUAGAAGUAAUUGUAAAAUUGCGAUAACUACACGAAACCUAGAUGUGUGCAGUGAGAUGUAUUGCAAUGUUAGUAUAAUAGUUGAACCCCUCUCUCAGCAAGAUUCAUGGGAACUUUUCAAGAAGUUUGCAGGAGAUGUUGUGGAAUCACCUGACUUGAACAGUGUGGCAAAGGAAGUUGCUAAGGAAUGUGGAGGUUUGCCGAUAGCUUUGGUGACACUAGGAAGGGUUUUAAGGAAUAAAGAGCCAAGAUUUUGGGAUGAUGCAGUGUAUGAACUGCGACAAUCAAGACCGUUGAACAUCAAAGGGAUGCAUGAAAAGGUCUUCUCAUGUCCAAGCUAAGUUUUGAUGAGUUUCAUAAUGA